UUUUCCAGGUGAGUCGGACUCGGUAUAGCGGGAUGUGGCUGGUUCAACCCCGCAAAAAAGACUUCUUUUAACCACUCUUGGCCAAUACUACCCUUGGGUCACUACGUCGAGUCUGUGCGACGAGUGGAGGAAGCAAUCCUUCAUUGGGAAAAAUUACCUCAACGUGGAUCCGAGUACCGUGGAAGUGUCUAGUUUGAGUAGCACGCUUUUAAAUCGAGCGCGUGGUAAACUCCGCACUGGUGCAUUUGGGAUCUGCGGCUAAUUUCCCCGUCCAGGAUACGAGUGUGGGGAUGGACUAUUUAAGUGCCAUCCUGGUCCUUGAUUUCACUCUACAACGUCUGCUCCAUUCAACUUUUCACUACUGCCUAGGAGGGCACUGACAAUGAAACUUAGGAACCUGGCGCCCUGGGCGCUGCUCUUCGACCUCCCAGCAGCAGUUCACAGUUUCCCAAGCCAAGGUGCUCAAGGUAAACUUGACCCCCGUGUCGCAAAACUAUUGAAGCGACACGAAGGCCCAGGACAGAAGGCCGCAGAUUCGGACCACGUCUAUCAGACCAAGUUCGAUGGCGUGACAUGGGAUGAGGAGAAUUGGGUUCUCGCGACAACCACACUCGACCAGGGCCAUUACCAGUCGCGAGGCUCCGUAGCAAAUGGCUAUCUUGGUAUCAGCGUCGCUAGUGUUGGCCCCUUCUUUGAGCUCGAUCAAGAAGUGGACGGUGAUGUAAUCAAUGGCUGGCCGCUCUUUUCCAGACGUCAGACAUUUGCAACUAUUGCGGGCUUUUUUGAUUCUCAACCGACCACCAACGGAACCAACUUUCCAUGGUUGUCUCAAUACGGAUGGGACACGGCUAUCAGUGGUGUUCCCCACUGGAGUGGUCUCAUCCUCGACUUGGGCGAUGGUGUCUAUCUGGACUCCACCGUAGAUGCUGAAAGCAUCACUGAUUACCAGUCCACGUAUGACUUCAAGGGUGGCGUUCUGUCCUGGUCAUACACCUGGUCUCCUAGAGACAAAGGAUCUUUCAAGAUCACCUACCGCCUGUUCGCCAACAAGUUGAACAUCAACCAAGCUGUGGUGGAUAUGGAGAUCAUCUCAUCAGACGAUGCUGAAGCGACUGUAGCAAACGUGUUGGACGGGUAUUCAGCAGUUCGCACUGACUUCGUAGAGUCUGGUCAAGAUGAUGGUGCUCUCUUCUCGGCCGUGCGCCCCUGGGGCAUCCCCGACGUCACCGCUUAUAUCUAUGCCAACCUGACUGGGUCAGCCAACGUCGACCUGUCCUCCCGUACUAUCGUGACCGAGAAACCCUAUGUGAACACCAACGAUUCGUCGGUCGCGCAGACAGUUAAUGUUAAGUUCACCGCGAACGAACCUGUUCGCAUUACAAAGUUCGUUGGUGGAGCCUCUACUGAUGCGUUUACCGAGCCCAAACAAACAGCGAAGGCUGCAGCAUCUGCCGCACUGGCAGCGGGUUAUACCGGCUCUCUGGAGUCGCAUGCCUCAGAGUGGGCGAACAUUAUGCAUGAGAACUCGGUCGACCGCUUCACUGACCCGACUACCGGCAAGCUCCCGGAUGACCAGCACGUCGUUGACUCAGCUGUCAUCGCUGUCACAAACAUUUAUUACCUGCUGCAAAAUACCGUGAGUAAGAACGCUAUUGCAGCUGUCUCUAAUGCCCCUAUCAACGAGACUAGUUUCUCCGUUGGUGGGCUCACCUCCGAUUCCUACGCCGGCCAAGUCUUCUGGGAUGCUGAUGUCUGGAUGCAACCGGGUCUCGUCGCGUCGCAUCCCGAAGCCGCACAGGGUGUGACCAACUACCGCGUCGCCAGAUACCAACAGGCGAAGGACAAUAUCAAAACAGCAUUUGCCAGCUCCAAGAACCAAACUCGGUUUGACCCUUCGGCAGCAAUCUAUCCGUGGACCAGCGGUCGUGUAGGAAACUGUACGGCGACGGGUGCUUGCUUCGACUACCAGUAUCACUUGAACGGUGAUAUUGGGCUCUCGAUGAUCUAUCAAUGGGUCGCUAGCGGCGAUACACAACAUUUUCAGGACCAUCAUUUCCCCAUCUACGACUCGGUGGCUACAAUGUAUUCCAAUAUUGUUGAGCGCAAUGGAUCUAGCUGGACCCUAACGAACAUGACGGAUCCGGAUGAAUACGCAAAUCAUGUCGACGCAGGCGGCUUCACUAUGCCUCUCAUUGCGCAGACUCUGGAAAAUGCCAACGCCUUCCGUGAGCAAUUUAAUCUCGAGCCCAACGACACCUGGGCCGAGAUCUCCGAGAACGUCUUAUUGCUGCGCCAGAACAACGUAACCCUCGAGUACACCUCAAUGAACGGUACAGCUGUAGUCAAGCAGGCGGACGUCGUCCUAGUUACCUACCCACUUGCAUAUGAGAGCAACUACACAACUGAGAUGUCCCUCACAGACCUGGACUACUACGCAAACAAACAAUCUGCCGAUGGCCCUGCAAUGACCUGGGCCAUCUUCUCUAUCGUAGCAAGCGACGUCUCACCAUCCGGAUGCUCUGCCUAUACCUACCACCAAUAUUCCUACGAUCCUUACUCCAGAGGCCCCUUCUUCCAGCUCUCCGAACAAAUGCUCGACAAUGCAAGCAUAAACGGCGGCACACACCCAGCCUUCCCAUUCCUCACUGGACACGGCGGUGCCAACCAAGUCGUCCUCUUCGGAUACCUGGGUCUCCGUCUCCUGCCCGACGAAGCCAUCCACGUAACGCCCAAUCUCCCACCGCAGAUCCCCUACGUCAAAUAUCGAACCUUCUACUGGCGCGGAUGGCCCAUCGCUGCCGAAUCAAACUAUACCCACACCACCAUCCGUCGCGAUACAGAAACAGCCCCCCUCUCAACAGCCGACGAACGAUUCCGCAACACCUCAAUCGAAGUACACGUCGGCAGUGAAACAGACUCCAGCUCGGACGCAGAAAUCUAUAGUCUCUCACCCACCGGAAGCCCCCUAGUGGUCUCUAAUAGAAUGACCGGUACCAUCCCCACAAUGCCAGGAAACCAAAUCCAAUGCCAACCCAUCACCUCCCGGGACCCGUACAAGGCCGGCCAAUUCCCCAUCUCCGCCAACGACGGCGCAACAUCCACGAAAUGGCAGCCGGCAUCCUCCAACCUCUCCUCCAUUACCGUCGCCCUUGCAGACACGCAGUUGGCCAACGCCGUCUCCGGGUUCCAUUUUGACUGGGCUUCCGCGCCGCCUGUGAAUGCGUCGGUGAUUUUCCACGAGGAGGCUAUCGAAAACCCGGCUGCCGUGUUCGCGUCCCAGUCCCAGCUCCAAGAUCAGGGUCAGUAUCGGGUUGUUCUCACGUUGACGGAUAUUGAGCCUUCCACGAUUUAUACGGCUGAGGAGGCUAAUGAGGUGCGCAUUCCGGUGGGGAAUACCACGACUGCGCAGCUUAAGGAUAGUGUGCAGCCGUCGCGGUAUGCGACUUUGUUGAUUUCCGGGAACCAGGCUCUUGGCACUGACCAAGAGGAUACGGGGGCCACAGUGGCGGAGUGGGUGAUAUUGAGUCAGGGUAGUCAGUUUCCGUCGGCUGGUGCUAACUCGCAGAAGAGGAGUAUCCGUGUCAGAGAGAAGAGCUUGUUGGAGAGACUUAAGAGGUGGAUUUAAUUGAUUGAUAGGAUAGAUUUAUGAGAGAGGAUUUUAUGUGAAGUGAUUGACUGAUUGUACAAUUAUACCUUGGAAUAGAGAGUCGUCAGCUAUUCAAGAGAUCUGAUUAUUAGGGCAAUAUAUGAAGUUUUAUCAAUACGCAGAGAGUGGCCGAUAACUUAGCCUUACACUAACGCCAGCCAAUGUUGGGCCAACAUUAAAUCCGACGAACUAUU